AUGACGAAAUAUUAUCCUUACGGUGUGUCACUUAGUAAAGGACAAUUGGAAAAGCUUUCGCGAGCUUACAAUAAUAAUUCUGCAAUAACAAUCAGACUUGCCAGAAAUGAGUUAUCCGGUCCACAUGAAUUAAUGCUCACAAAAACUCAGAUCAAUAAAUUGAGAAAAGCAAUGAGCCAGGGUACAGGGGCGGAUAUCAAAAUAUCAAAAAUACAAAUCAGAAAGGCCGUUAAACAGGGUGGUAGUUUGUGGGGAUCAUUAUUCAGAUUAGGAAGCAAGUUGCUACCUAUGGCCAUGCCUCUAGCCAAAAAAGCUAUUGCGCCGCUCGCCACAGGAGCAUUAUCGGGAUUAGCCGAUAUUCGGAAAAGGUCAACGAGGAGGUUUUCUUAUUCCGCAGGAUAAAAUAGCACAAUUGAUUGCAUACAAACAUUACUAUCAGCUGGACAGAAAAGCGAUAUUCUUAAGGCUCUCCAAACUGGCAGUGGAUUGGUUAUCAGACCAACAAAAACACAGCAGGGUGGGUUUUUAGGACCUCUACUAGCGAGUAUAGGAGUCCCUCUGUUACUAAAUGCAUUAACAGGAAAGGGUACUCAAGUCGAUAGUACUGGGUCACCUUCAAAUACAGUGUCAGUAUAUGUUCCCGAUACA